UAAGCAAUCACAUUGAUGCAAGUAGGAAACUUCAGCAUGCUGUCUGGUAUACUCCUCGCUACCUUGUUAGUGAUCAUAUUCACUUGGCUUUAUAGAGAUUGUAAGCGGCCGAAAGAUUUUCCUAGAGGACCUAAGUGGCUUCCAAUUAUCGGAAACCUGCAUCUUAUUGACACUCUCAAGAAGAAACAUGGAUAUUUUUUCACUGUUCUGGAAAAACUUUCAGAAGAAUAUGGUCCAGUAUACGGCUUGAAACUUGGUCAGAACCUGACUGUGGUCAUAACUGAUUACGGAAUCAUGAAAGAUGCAAUGUCAAGGGAAGAGUUUCAAGGUCGACCCAAUGGAUUUGUUUUUACAAUGAGGACGUUUGGCGAGAAAUUAGGUAUUGGUUUUGCUGACGGUCCAGUUUGUACGUCGGUCCGAAACUUCACCAUGAAAACUCUGAAAGAUGUUGGCUUAGGAAAAGGAAAUAUGCAUGGCCACGUUACUGAAGAAGCUUCCGAGAUGGUAAAAUACUUGAAAACUCACUAUGCGGAAACUUCAAGCAAGGAGGAAAACCCCAUAGCGCUGGACCUGUUGUUUAAAUUGUGCAUUUUAAACAGUCAGUGGAUGCUUAUUGCCGGAAAACGGUUUGAAUAUGAAGAAGCCAAAUUUGUCCAAAUUCUCAACCUAGCGACAUCAUUUUUACAAAAUUUUGAUGGAUCAGGAGGAAUCAUAAGCCACCUGCCCUGGUUAAGAUUUAUUGCACCUGAUGCGUCGGGUUUUACUGAUUUAAAUAAUGCAAUCCUGCCAAUGCAACAGUAUUUCCAGAAAAUUAUCGACGACCACAAGCGAGAAUUUGACGUCAAUGCAGCGCACGAUAAUUUGGUGGACCUAUUUUUGGCCGAGAUAAGCAAACAGAAAGAGCCCAGCCAGGUUUUUAAUGAAAAACAGCUGUUGGGAACAUUGUUUGAUCUUUUCAUGGCCGGAAUGAUCACAUUAAGUGACGCAAUGAGCAACAUGCUUCACUUACUGGCUGAGCGGCCGGAAUUGCAAAAAGAGUUGCAAGAAGAAAUAGAUCAAGUCAUCGGAAGAAAUACAUUGCCCACCAUGGAUUAUUAUAACAAGAUGCCGCUGAUGCGUGCUUUCAAUCUUGAAACGCUGCGCUUCUCGUCAAUCGUGCCAAUUGGGGUUGCACGCCGGGCAAUGAAAGACACGACUCUGUUGCACUAUCGAAUUCCUAAGGACACCGUUCUGGUGCCUGUCCUUGAUCAAGUCACUGUCAGGGACGAAGAGUAUUGGAAUGAGCCACAAAUGUUUAAACUAGAUAGGUUUCUUAGUGCAGACAGAGCGGAGUUGAAAAUUAACGAGAGGGAAAAAGUUCCAUUUGGAUUUGGGAAAAGGAGGUGCCCUGGAGAUUUGAUCACUUCCCAAACGAUGUUUGUGUUCAUGGCAAGCAUUUUGCAGAGUUUCACUAUUUUACCAGACGAAGAAAAGGAAAGAAAAAUGGAAUGGGUGGAAGGCAUCACUUUCACUCCUCCGCCUUUCACUGGCAGUAUUCGUGCUAGAGAUUAAUUUCACCAGUUUUAAUUUGUGUUACUGUACGUUUAUUCCAAUAAUUGUUGUCUUACCAGAAAAUGAUAAUUCUCUUUUUAAAUGAAUAAAAUACGGAUGAUGGGAAAAAUAAAAUCAAA